GUCAUAUUAUAAUAGGAGUUUCGCGCACACAGUCAUUUCACGACCGUGACGUGCACAUAAUUAUGUACAUAUUUACAGCGGUGUUACUCGUAGCUAUCUCUCACAACUAAGUAGUACUCAGUUUCGUUGAAAUAGUUUGACUGUAGAGUUUAUGUAGCAAUGGCUGAAAAGAUUGAAAUAGAGAAAGCCUCCAGUUCUUCACAGAACCUGGUAUGUCCGCUAUGUCUUGAUAUUUUUGAUGAACCAACGAUCCUGACGUGCGGACACACUUUCUGCCGUAAGUGUCUCAAGAAAUAUGAUCUGACCCACCAGGACAUUGACCACAUGAUCUGUCCUCUCUGCAGGGAGAUCACCAAGUUGUCUUCCAACCGAGUCGACGAUCUCCGCCUCAAUGUCUCCAUUAACGGAUUCGUAGACGAUUACCACGCCAAGUGUGGAGGGAUGAAUGCUGUCCUUGAGAUGCGUACAAAAUGUACUGGUUGCAAGUUUCAGCAAGACGCUGUCUCCUUCUGCAGAACAUGUAAUAACUACAUAUGUGACAAAUGUUUACAAUGCCAUCACUACAUGGAACUUUUUGAAGAUCACGAGAUUGUCUCCAUGGAGGAUGUCAUCGAAGGGAAGGUCAGCAUUGGUCAUCAAUUUGAGAAAUGCUCCAUCCACAAACAAGAGAACAAAGAUAUGUUUUGUGAUGAUUGUAAGGUCCGUGUCUGUCUCAGGUGCGUGGUCGUUGGUCAUAAAGUCCAUAACAUCAAGAACCAGUCUGACUUCGAGCAUGAGUUGAGGCGAAAGGUGACAGAACUUGCCCACCAAUGUGCAGCUAAGAAAGCUGAGCUGGAAAAGAACAUUCAGAAUAUAGAAUUACAACGUCAUGAGGUACACACUGCCAUGCAGAAACUACUAGAUGAUGUCAGCCAGGCUUACAGCAUCAAGGUUAAAGAGCUGGAAGGAAAUCUUCAAGAUCUCAUCGAGCAAAUAAAUGAAUUGAAGCGAAGUUUCGAGGAUGAUCUCAACAUCCUAAAGUCCAAGGAACGACAGAGGAUCAAAAGCAUUUGUAGUUCGAUUACAUUGGUAGAUAAUGACAGACUGGGUCAUCUUGAGACAGAUAGUCUGUCCGCUCAUAAUUUGCUUUGUAAUGAGCUAGAAGCUAUGCUGAAAGAGGUUACCGAUCGCACUACUGCGGAAGUUAUUACAAAGAAAGCACAGGAGAAGAGUUUUAAUCCUGGAGAUGCUACUUGUCUUGAACUCGGAAAAAUCUCAGACCCUAUCGAUCACACUUUUACUGUUGAUAUCACGGAGAAAGCACUGAAGAGUUUUAAUCCUGCAGAUAAAUCUUGUCUGGACCUCGGGAGCAUCUCGGGAUCAGAUCCCAAGUUAGAAAUCAUGAAGUGUAUAGAUCUACGGGGAGAAAUGAUUGGAAUGACAGCUUACACUCAUACCAGUGUGGCCAUCGUAUAUGGGAUUUAUACACCAGGUAUUGAUAUCAUUGAUAUAGCUGGUGGAACGGAGCAGUAUACAAACAUACCACAUGACGUGGGUUAUAAAGAUAUUGUGAUUCAACGGGACAAUGCUUUAUGUGUCUCAACUGGUUAUACAGUAGUUCACAUGUAUUCUCCCGAUGGCUCCAGGAAAGCAACAAUUAACGUGAGUGGGACUGGUUAUAAUCUCAGACUGAACAGAAGUCUAUCAAAUGAGAUCCUCAUUGCUAACGGUGCCAACAAAGUCUACAUCUAUGACCCGACUGGAUCCACUCUCAACCUCAAACACACUGUUCCAACAAAGCACGUGACGAGGCAGGCAUCAUCCACCAGGUCGGGUUUGAUCGUCACGAGUUCAUGUUUUCUCACCAAUCCAAGCGUAGUGACGGUCUAUGACAGGGAUGGGAAUGCUGGUGAGUCUCUGCAAGCUCCACAGGGUGUCAACCUGUAUGCUGCCGUGGAUGAGCAGGACAGGGUGUAUGUAGCGAGUGUUGAUAUGUGGAAUAGUAAGGUGGUGAUCAGGCUAUAUGAUCUUGAUGGUCUGAACCUGAAGGAAAGAGUUGAGUUCAAUCAACUUGAUAUGACAUUGGGUUCUAUUUGGUGUUACUUGGUUUCCCUCUCUCCGGGCCUACUCGCCUUUGCUUGUUCGUAUAAGUUAUAUUUCAUCAAGGUAUCGCUGUAAUAAAGAGUAUCUUACUAGUGUGUAUAACAUGAACUAUUGAUUUUUAUGCGAUUAUUUAUAGUGUAUCUGAAAUGAGAAUUCAAAAUGUUUGUAAACACUUUUCUUAAUUUGUUUAGAUUUAGUGAUGUGUAUAUACACACAACUUUUAACACGAAUCGAAAAAACGUUCAUACACAUAAAAUAAUUUCAUCAUUGAAACUUGAGUAUCAAAAGACCCCUACUUUUAAUUAUUUCGUGAAUCUGAAUUAGGAACACAGUAAAAAAAAAAAAACGUUGUUUAAGCCUGUCACUCUAAUAACAAGUUGUUUAAACUUCUUUUUGUAAUUAUUUAAACAUUUUUUCAAAAAAAAGUUAUAAGUUGUAUUAAAAAUAGACAGAUGCUUAAAAAGUUUAAACAGUAGUUGUUAGAGUGACGGGCUUAAACAACGUUUUUGACAUUUUAAACAGCGUUUUUAAAGCGUAAUACUUUUGUUGUCAUUCAACUUGUGUAAUUAAGCUAGCGUUUAAUAUUUUCGGGUCUCUGUUAUAAUGGUUAUAGACAAUUCUUUCUUUUUUUCUUUUCUCUGCCCUUUACUUGUUUAAAAAGUUAUAAGUUGUAUUAAAAAUAGACAGAUGCUUAAAAAGUUUAAACAGUAGUUGUUAGAGUGACGGGCUUAAACAACGUUUUUGACAUUUUAAACAGCGUUUUUAAAGCGUAAUACUUUUGUUGUCAUUCAACUUGUGUAAUUAAGCUAGCGUUUAAUAUUUUCGGGUCUCUGUUAUAAUGGUUAUAGACAAUUCUUUCUUUUUUUCUUUUCUCUGCCCUUUCUUUUGUAUUGUUUAUUGUAUUGUAUUUUCGUCUUAGGCGUAUCCCGCCACAAGCCUCGGCUUUUAGGGUAUACGCCUCCUUCUUUAAACCCAACAUGUACAUGUUUAUAUUCUUCGUAACAAUUUGAUUUUUAUAUGAAUUAAUGUUUAUGGAAAAAGGAUUUGAAAUAUAAGAAAUAAAUGCUUAUUUAAAUGCUUAUUUGAAUUCGACAAAGAACUAUUAUAUAAAACGAACUCUAUAUUUGUGAGUGUCAAGAUUUGUCUGUGUGGAAAUGUUUACAAUCGACUUGAUGUUUUCUUGCAAGUCAGCCUAUUUGUUGUGGAGAUACGUCAAUACAAUCUCGAAAUCUUAGAUUUUUCUGCCCAGUGUUAUGAUGUGAAGAAAAGGCCUAAUAAUUACGGAUAUCAGCGAAUUAUGUCCUAUUCGACCGUUAAUCUUAAUAGGCCUAUAUUGCUAUUUGUGUUGAAUGUAUAGUCCCCACAAACCGAUUCCUACAUAAUAACUUUCUUUUUUA